AAAAGGGAUACGUUAAAUAUGAACAGGGCCACUGAGAGGGGGACAAGGAGGGGCAAACUGCCCCAGGGACAUGAGGUCUAGGGGCCUCAUAAAUUCCAAGCACUGAAUUUCAACUAAACGCAACAAAGUGUGCCUAAAAAAAAUCAUAAAACGCUUUGAAUGAUUGCAAGAAAUUGAACGCAAGUAACGUUCUAUCAAACUAAUUCAAAGGGCGGGACCGAAAAUAAUAAAUUAAAACAGGAUUUAAGCAUUACUUUCUUAAAAAUGCUGACGGACACAUAUAAAUUUGAAAAUACUUCAGAUAAGUUCGAACUCCAAAAUGUGUUUGAUAUGCUUUAUAUAAGAUGUUUCUUAGAUGUCAUUCCAUUUUCAGUUACAGAUACUACAAAAAAUUGUAACAAAGUAAUAAACACAUAGACAUCUACGAAUACCAAAACAAAUGAUAUGGACCAAAACAACAGGAAAUGAAAACGAGUCUGUAUUUUCGCCGAAAAGAGACUAGUCAUCGUUCAAUCCAAUGGCAGCAGCAUGAGCACAGAAAGUUGCAACCUCCACAAUAUUGACAGCUUUUAUUUGCGUAAAGUAUUUGCCUGAUGUUAUCAGAAGUUCACCAUGUCAGUAUUCAAAGUUUGCCUUUGAAAGAUCGGCUGAUAUAAUGGCAUAAUGGCCAGAUUGUAUUAAACAGUUGAAGGACGUCUGGUAGGAACUCCAGUGCUAAGCAUGAAUGCGGAUGAUGCAUUUCGCUACCUUAAGCCAUUGUGUAUACAAGUUGCACAGCAACCCACUGUCAGGAGCCUUAAUAAUCUAAGAGUGGGCUUGCAAUCUGUUGAGAGAAGCCUCCUCAAUGAAAAAGGCAUGGCUGAAUAUAUCAUAUUUCCAUUGAAGCUAACCAUCCAAAGAAUAGACAGAAAGAAUGAAAACUUGCUCAUAAAGACUCUAGAGUGUAUGGCAAUUGUGUUUGAAAUGGUAAUCACGAAGUCCGAGGUACUCUUUAUGGAAAUGUUUGAUAUUUUUUGUGUUCUUUUGAGCUCAAUGAAACAACCAAAUGGAAAGGAGAUGAUUGCAUUAAUACCAGAGGAGGUCAAACUAAGUAUUACAGUGUGCAUCACCAACUUGCUACAAAAUUCAUGCAAGAAAGUUCUUGUAUGUUUGUUUAACAAAGGAAUGCUCCCAAGACUUGGGCAUGCAGUUUCUUUGCUUCUGGCUCUUUUAGAAUACGAGGUCGAGAGAAAUCUUAGACUGAAAGCCUUGGAAUGUCUGGGUUAUCUUACACUUAAACAUAAAGCAUUGAAUGAACCAGAACUUCAAAUGAUAAGUGAUGUUUUCUGUAGCUUCAUUCCAGGAAUUUCUUUGUCAUUUAGCAGAAUUUUAACAGAUCAAGUAAAUGUAGGACAGAACCUUGUGGCUGCUAUCACUGAAUCCUUCAAAGAUUUUGUUACUUUGGUGAUGAGUGACUCGAAAUUUAGUUUUGUAAAAAGUACUGAAAUUAAAGAUAGCUUAUUCCAAAGGAUGCAUGAAAUUCAACAAAACAGCACUUUAGAAAAGAAAACAGGCCAUACACCUAGAGUUGAAAGGCAGAGAAAUGAUAUCAUGGUUCAGAGAAAUGAUGAUUGGAUGAAAGAAACUUCAUCAAAGUUGCACAUUUUGAUUGAAAAAGUUAUUCAUAGGGUGGCAUGUGACUCAAGUUUCAAAGUUAGGCAGGCAGCCAUUGUAUUUGCAGAGACAAUAAUUUUAGAGUGUAGUAUCUCAAUGAGCUCAUGUACACCUGUCCUUCUGGAGAUAUUAGCAAGUAUGCAGAAUGAUGAGCACGAAAAGGUUUCCACAGAAGUUGGUAAAGCAAUAAAGAAAGUUCAAACUAUCAUUGAGAAAGAUGGAGGCUCAUUAUUCACAUUCAUCGAAGGAAAGCUUUAUGAAAAGUUGUUGGCUCUGCCUAGAAUAAUGAGAGGAGCAGAUGAUGAUCAAAAACUGAUGGUUCUGAAUAUAAUUGCUGGCUAUUUCAAUCUCCUUGAAAGUCAAAUAUCCAAAGUUUUAAACUCGGUGGUUAUGUUAGAAAAAAUAAUCAAAUCUUUCAUUCAGAUAUUGGAACUUGACACAAAUGAUGUAAAAAUUGUGGAAGAAAGAAACACUAUAUCGUCAGAAGAACUGGUCAGUAACAAGUAUUAUGAUGGCACAAACCACACUGAUGCUGAGUUAUAUCGUUUUAAAAAUUUCAAAGACCCUAGAAUUUUCUCGAUGAUAAGAAAGAUUUGCUUGGCAAUAGGCACAUUUUCAGAUCUUCAAAUCAUUUUAGAUUAUCUUCUGGACAAAUUUGUUUCUUCACCACAUCAAAGAAAGGAAAAUGUUAUUCUUCUGAACGAAAUUUUGUAUUCCAGACAUGAUUCAAAAACAAAGACUAUAUGUAAUUCUGUUAUAGAGCAAGUGUUGUCAACAUUUUUUCGUGAAGAAUUCUGGUAUUUGCCAACCACAAAUGUCAUAUCUGCGGAUAUUGGAGAAAAGGGUGUUCUUGAGUACCAGUUAGGUCUGAUGAAAGCAGAAAAGAAUAGCAAAGACCUUAUUUACUGGGAGCAAGGGAUACCUGUCACACAGAUUAAUAGUAAUAUUCAGUUGAUUUGUCUUAUGUUAAAUGGAGUUUCUGUCUGCUCUGGGGUAAUGAUGGAAAAGUUUAAUGUUUAUCUUAUCAAAGUUUUAUAUCCAGUUCUGGAGAAACUUGGUGACCAAAAUGCCCAAAUUGCAAGAUGUGCACAAAAUGCUCUAGAUAUUGUUAGUCACAACUGUGGGGAGAAAUCCAUUGCCACCCUGUUGUUAAAGAAUGCUGAUUAUCUUGUUAAUUCUGUAUCAUUGAGUUUGAGGAAUUUAACUUUGUUUUCAUCCGCACCCAGUGUGCUAUCUAUGAUGCUGGUUUAUUCUAAUGUGGAGAUUUUGUCAAUUGUUGCUGAUGUCAUACAGGAUGUGUUCAACUGCCUUGACUUUUAUCAAGAGGAAGUGACAUUUUCAUUAAUGAAAGUUUUAAAGAGUUUUGUUUCAUCAGUAAAUACUUGGUUUGGAGAUGAGUUGACUAAGGAGAAAGGCGGACAGGAACAUGAAUAUCAAAAGGCUUGUAGAGACUUGUUAAGUCCAAAGGAUGUUAAAUGUUUUCUUGAAGACUAUUGUAAGUUGAAACUUGAAGCUCUUGGGAAUUUUGAUGAUGACAUUGGUGAGGAAGUAACUGUUGAUGCACAAAGUCUAGUGGAUGAUUUGAAUGAUAAAGCUCAGGAUAACAAAGAAGAAAAAAAGAAGAUUCCCCUGCAUUAUCAAACUACCUUAAUGGCUUUAGAAAAAUGUCAGCAUUUCCUGCCAUCAAAAGAUACAAGGUUAAAACUUCUGAUACUUGAUGUAAUUGAAGUGAGUGUUCAAGCUUUGAAAAGCCAACAAAAUGAUUUGCUGCCAGCUCUUCACAAGAUAUGGCCUGCAGUUGCUGCAAGGAUAAAGGAUCCCAACCAGGUCAUUGCUACGAGGACUUUAGAGGUUAUUUGUACCAUUAUUGGUUGUUCUGGUGAUUUUCUGAGGCAGAGGGUGAGAAAAGAGAUUUUCCCAUUUGCAAUGGAAUUUCUGAAGAAGGAAAUAUCAUCCAGUUUGAAAAGAAGCAACAGCUAUAAAUUUAGCUCUACUUUCAAGUUACAGAGAAGACUUCUGAGUGUUAUUGGAAGUAUUGUAGAGAACCUUGGCUUGCCAGAUGAAGAACUUAUUGAUGUAAUCUCAGUUUGUUCAAAGUAUUUGGAUUGUAGGCAACCAGAAGUUCUUCAAAUGGUAAAAAUCAAUCAAUAUUAUCCAGUUAUAAUUCUGUUAGAUAGUUAAAGAGGGCAAAAAUAUAAAUUUCUAAUUAGGUAGCUUCCUACAUCAUCUAUGUGCAAUUCAUAUUCCUAAUGCCUCCAAUUUUAUAAAACUUGUGUAGACAGUAGUUUAAUAGUUGCCUGAAAAUCACUGAUUUAUGCUGAAAUGCUGAAAAUCACUGAUAUUUGCGUCUUAAAGCAAUCCUGUUCUAUACACCAAAGCUUGUACAGAUCUGGCUUGAAGUAGCUAGCACUUUAAGGCAGAAACAAUGAUUAUAUGUUAUGGUUAUACAAUGAUUAUAUGGGCCCUAAAAUAUAUACUCCUAUUGUUCUGUAAUUUUUUCUAUUGUUUCUAUAUUAUUGGAUGCAUGCAACAGGAGGAAAACACUAAGUGUGAUAGAUAUUGUACAAAAAGGUAUUAGCCACCAGGGAAGUUCUCAAACAAUUUUUGUCAAUUUUUAUGUGUUUGUGUGCUGAAAUCAUC